AUGGUGGAUUUCUGUCGUCCCUCAACUUUGCCGAAUGAUAAUUCAUUUGGCUCUGGCAAUAGUAAUACAAAUACUACAAAAGACAGUGGCUCAACUUUUUUUCCAACUGUAUUCCUUCCCUAUUCGCAUUUGAUUGACCCCGAUAGACAAGAAUCAGUAACAGCAGCAUUACUUUCAGCAACGACUGCUGCAACACUUACAGCCUCAGGCAUGGAACAAUCACGUCUUGAAGAAGAGAAAUUACGUGUUCAUGCUAAAGACAAAAAAAAUCAAAGUGCCAAUGCAUCCGCUGAAGUAAAAACCCAUUUGAAAAGCUUCAUAUGUCGUAAAUUACAAAAGGAAGGCAAACUAGGAAAUCAAGAUUCAAAUGAUAUGCUUCGACGAUUUCAAUCCGAACCAGUACUUGCUAAUCCACGUCUGGAAUCGCGAAAUUUGAAAAUUAGAUCAGAUUUACGGCAACGUAUUCUUUCUCAACAUAAACAAGUUACUCCCAUGUCAGAUAGACGUCAUCCGAUCCGUUCAACAAAUCCAGCUCAAAAACAACAACCAACUGAAAAUGAAUUUACUUUAGUUCCACCAAUGUCAUUGAUACCAUUUAAUUCUCAAUCGACUCAAUUGCAUCAUCCAGAACAGCGUUGGCUUGAUUUUCCGCGUUCAGUUUAUGGCUGUUAUUCAACUGGUAAUCUUGGUGAAAAUGCCAUACAACUUCGUUUAGGAGUAACAGCAACAAAUGAAAAUAGUCCUCAUACCAAUAUUCUUGGCCCAAAACAUUUUAUUGUAGAAGAAGAAAAUGAAGCAUUAUUAGCUAAAGAAUUACAAGAAGCUAAAAUUCAAAGUUCUCAUAAUAGUCAUAGUUCAAUGCAUAGUAGCCAACCACAUUUAUUAAAUUUUGAAUCAAACGACUUUUGCAUUCGUAAUCCAAACUUAUCAUUGGAUCGUUUAGCAAUACAUUCCAAAUCAUUAUCAUCUCUAUCAAUUGUAGCAUCAUCAACAGAAAAAAAAGUACAAAAAAGUCUUUCCGGUACAAUACGAAUGCGUUUCACAACCGGACUUGCUUAUGAUGAUGAUACAUUGAAACAUGAAUGCUAUUGUAAACGUACGGAUCUUCAUCUUGAAAACCCUCGUCGUUUACUUGUUAUAUAUGAAAGAUUGAAAAAAUUACGUUUACUUGAUGUUUGUGAAAUUAUUCGUGGAUACUGUGCCACAAUUGAUAUGUUAACUGAUUGUCACGACCCUGGCCAUGUUUACUUAUUUGGUUGUGAUCAACGACAACGUAGUCAACAAUCACCAGCUAUAUUCACUCAAAGAAUUAAUUAUUUAGUACCAUUACCAUGUGGUGGUUGUGGCAUACAUGAUGAUCCAGAUACAAUAUGGAAUGAUGAAUAUACAGCACGUGCAUGUCGUUUAUCUAUUGGUAAUACAAUUGAAUUAGCAAAAUAUGUUAUUGAUGGAACAUUAAAAAAUGGUUUUGCGCUUGUAAGACCGCCAGGUCAUCAUGCGACACAAAAACCAUUAGGCUUUUGUUAUUUUAAUACAGUAGCUAUCACAGCAAAAUAUUUAAAAAAAUAUCGAAAUAUUAAUCGUAUUGCGAUCGUUGAUUGGGAUAUACAUCAUGGAAAUGGUACACAAGAUUUAACCUAUGAUGAUCCUAAUAUUCUUUAUAUAUCAUUACAUCGUUAUGAUAAUGGAACAUAUUUUCCUGGUGGUGGACGACUAGAAGAAUGUGGAUGUGAUGAUGGUCUCGGUAAAAAUGUGAAUAUUGCUUUUUCAAGUGAUCCACAAUCGGCCAUGACAGAUGUUGAAUAUUUAGCGGCAUUUCGAAGUGUUGUUAUGCCAAUAUUAGAACAAUUUCAACCUCAAAUAAUACUUGUUUCAUGUGGUUUCGAUGCAUGCAUAGGACAUCCUCAUCCACUUGGUGGUUAUGAAUUAACGCCGACAUGUUUUGCUUAUAUGACAAGAAAACUAAUGAGUCUAGCUGAUGGAAAAGUAGUCCUAGUUUUAGAAGGUGGCUAUGAAUUGAAUGCAUUAGCUGAAUGUGGAGAAUUAUGUGUUGAAGCAUUACUAGAUCUGCCAAUUCCAAAUUUUAGUAAAGAAACUCUUGAAGCUCACCCUAAUCCAUAUGCAGUGAAUAGUCUAAAACAAGUUAUAGAAAUACAGCGCGGAUUUUGGCCUUCGAUUGAACAAUAUCAACAUUUAAUAUCUAUACCACAUGCAAAGACUAUAGAUUUGUGA